UCAUUGUCCCAAGGUUUUACUCGUUGCCCAGUCAUGUUUUCCCUUCGCUAUCUGUCUUCAACAGCUGUUUCCAAGGGAAGAGCUUUUGAACGGACCGUGUUAUUGUAUCUUUCGUAUUAUGGCUUUUUAUUACGAAAUACUGGUGGUGCUGGAGACGGCGGUAUUGAUUUUCGUGGAACUUGGAAGCCGAAUGACACUCAAAAACCCAUAACUGUCGUUGGUCAAUGUAAAGCACUGUCAGAAAGAGUUGGAGUACAUGUAAUUAGAGAGUUGGAAGGAACCCUUUGCCGCGAAGAGCCUGGUUGUUUAGGUGUUAUAGUGAGCGAGAAAGGUCAAAUAAACAUUUCUCUUCUACCACGUUCUAUUCUGAAGUUAUUUGAUAAGGUUUUUCGUUGCUUUCAUCCUUUGUUAGAAGGGAAAAUAUCCGAAUUUUGGUACAGCAAUCUUGUGCGGUCGUUAGUUCCAAACCUGAGAGUAGGGUUUUCCUUCGCUAAAAAAGAGUCCAACGUUAUACGCAUUGUACAUUUCAUAGAUACAGAGCUUCGAAGUUCAAGAGUAUAACUAGUGUCGCUUCACUCGUCGCAAUGUGUUGCUGCCG